AGAGCUGAGGUGGCGUUUGUAUAGAGGUCGUUAAACAAAACUUCGUCAUAUUUUUUUUCAUCAUGACGAAGCUAAUGCAGUGGUUGUUCGUCGUGUUGCUGCUGGGUGCAGUUUGGACUUUAGUUACCUUCGACCUGUUGGACCUGAGCCUUCCGCGGACGUACCGGGAGGUCGCCUGGCCGAUGCCCGUCUACCUGCUCGUGUCGUUCGGAUGCUUCUCCCUGGCCACGGUGGGCUACCGGGUGGCCACCUUCAAUGACUGUGAAGAGGCCGCCAGAGAGCUCCAGGAGCAGAUAAAAGAAGCUAAAGAAGACCUGAGGAAAAAAGGCUUGAAGCUUUAGGACAUUUAAAGGACUAGAAAUAGACUUGAGUAUAAAAUGGGCUGGACAGUUUCACGCACGUCUACUCGAAGUUCCAAAAAGUUGAUGCUGGAUGAAACUGGACUCUAAAUAUCAUAUUCUUUGGUUUCAGAAGAUGCAGUCAGAACAUAAAUUACACUUCGCAAAGCCAAAGUCAUUGUUGUCUUUUCAGUGAAGUAUAAAGUUUCAAGAAAGGAGCACUGAAUGGCUAAAUAUGUAUUUCUGUGAUUUACAGAUACCUGAAAAAAGUCAGUUCUAGUUGUGUUUAUUG